GACUUCGCUAGCAACGGAGUGGGGAAGAAUAAUAAUAAUCGAUCUUGGUCUGGUCGAGGCCCAGCUGUUAUCAACUUUCUUGUCGCAAAUCUUCUACGUCUCUCGACUUUAUGUCAUUGUUCCCUUUCCGUUGCUACGGCCGUAGUCGCCUGGGUGAAGCGGAAAUGUGGUUUCUGUUAGCAGCAGUCCUCGCUUUUAUUUCAGCAGCUUCAGCUGAGGAUAUCCCAGGAAUAGACCCCGUUACAAACUUUUGUAAACGGUUGUACCACCAAUCGACUUUAAAAAAUGGCACGAUAUAUAUCGACGGUGGAACAGAGGUCUUUGUCGCGAGCAACGACCAAGGGGCACCGGAGGGUGUCCAGACAAUAGGAUACAAUACUUACCUUCUGGAGAUUGAUAUGUCGACUUCAUGGGACUGGAAGUCAAACAUAUCGAUAGUUAAGGUCGACAAAACGGCGAAUCCUCAGACCGGUACUUUUCCACCGGUAGUUGGCCAUGCUGCGCUGUAUCGCGGAAGUGACAAUGACAACAACAUCUAUCUAUAUGGAGGAACAGUCGAUUUCGCAAAUACAACCUUUCCCGGAUGGCAAUAUCCGACAUCUAACCAGUAUUCGCUGUGGUCCUAUGACACUGUGGCCAAGACGUGGGAUCAGUACGAUGUGACAUUGAAUGCUCCAGAGAGACCAGCAUCAGGAGCGUAUGCUGAAGCUCCAGAACUCGGCUUGGCUUUUUGGCUUGAUGGUGAAAUUGACACAGGUAGCGACAACAACUUGGCAUUGAGACCAGGCUUCGAACGCUACCUUAAUGGUUUCAUCGUCACCGACACAGACACGCAGACGGCCAUGAACGUUUCCACUGCGUCUCUCGAUCGCACUCCAAGAAUAGGGGGCGGUCUAGCCUACGUACCUGGCGCUGGUCCAAAGGGGAUCAUAGUAGCAAUUGGAGGCAUGACGCGGAGUGUUGCUGAGAGCAGCAAUUCAUCUACAGCGACCUACCUGUCGAUGGGGACCGUCGAUCUAAUCGAUGUCGCAUCUAUCGAUGACACGCGUCAAAACGGUACCUGGUAUCCGCAGGAAACGUCAGGGGAUAUACCGGAUCCACGAAUCGAAUUCUGCUUGGUUGCGAUGGAAGCUCCAGAUAAGUCCAGCCACAAUAUCUAUCUUUACGGUGGGCGGAAUGGCGACCAGACGUUCGAUCAAAUCUAUAUCUUGUCUCUUCCUUCCUUCACCUGGACGAAAAUCUUCCAAGGGAAUUCCCCUCGCUACGGACAUACCUGCAACAUGGUGGGAGCAAGGCAAAUGAUCACCAUCGGUGGUGCCAAUGAUAGCGACCUUUUACGUGGCUGCGACUGGGAAACGAAGGGCGUUGCAAUAUAUGACCUUACGGCCUUAACGUGGGGCAGCGUCUAUAAUGCUUUUGCACCGAAGUAUCAAGUACCCUCUCUUCUCUAUCAGGUAAUCGGUGGCAGGUAAGAAACGGCCAAUCGAUUCUUGAUGAGACCGCAUGAUGCUGACACUUCCUCUCCACGGUAGUGGAAACGGUAGCGCGAAUGUGACUGCACCUGCGAGCGGAUUCAGCUCAUCUGCCCUUGCCAAACUGUUCCAAUACUCAGGCCCCAGUGUUACGGA